GCUGUAACAGUGACCUCCUCCUAACCCAGGCGCACGGUGCGCAAUGCGUUGAUGAGGUUGGGUUUUUUUUCGGGUUAGAUUUGGAAUAUUUAUUGAAGUUAUAGAAGGGUAAGAUUAUUUCUCUUCUACUAUUAAUAAACAGAUAUUAUACAAUUGUGCAUGAUUUGAAAUUGCAAUAAUUUGCGCAGUCGGAUGGACCUACUAUUUUCAAACAUGAGACGCUUGGCAAUGAAUUGGAAUGGAAAUUGUAGCUGACCAAGAUCUUUUGGCGAAUACAUUCUACCACCACUUGGGGUAGUUAUUUCAAGCUGGGUUGAAGACUGAAAGCGAAGUGACUUGUAGGCUAGAUUAGCCACUCAGGUUGUACUUUCCUGAGUAUACCCACCAAUACGAAGUAUCCUACUUGAGGAGGUCGACACUUGCCCUCGGUUGCGCUUCGUUUACGGCUGAUAAGUCCUGAGCUACAAACCAAGAGAAGUGCCAUAGACGGUAGUAGUGCCCACUGGCAUUGUCAAGAGGAGGGGUAGUCAUGGCUACAGACAGGGAUCCCACGGUCACCGCCAAGCUUCUGCACCUCAUCUGUCUCUCCACCUUCUGGGGGAUGCAGAUAUGGGUCACCUUCAUUUCCAGCUUUGUGAUGGACAACAACCUCAACAGGCAUACGUUUGGCUUCAUCCAGAGCAGGUUGUUCCCAUUCUACCACCACAUCGGCUCGGCCUGUGCCUUCUUCAACCUGGCCAUCUUCGCCGUCUAUCACCCCAGCGACAUGCUGGACGACAAGGAGGCCUUCCAGAUCUUCAUCUUCUUCGUCUGUGUGACGGUGGCCGCCAUCAACGCCCAGUGGUUCGGCCAGAUGACGUCGGAGAUGAUGGCCGACAUGCACCUGAUCGAGCAGGCGUGCGGGCUGGGCCAGGACAUCGGGCUGUCGUCCAAUCGCCAGGCCUACGCCAAGCUGUGUGACUCGGACCCCAAGUACAAGAGGCUGACCAGCCGUCUGUGGCUCUACCACCUGCUCUCCUCGCUCUGCAACCUCUGCUGCAUAGUCUGCAACGGAUACAGCCUCUACUACCUGGCCGACAACUUGGCAACCAUCUGAUUCCGGAACUUGGAACUUGGAACUGGCCCAUGGCUUCCAUGUUCUUCUUGUCUCCCAGGAUGCAAUGCAACAUUCUCACGUCUAUGUGAGCAAGCAUCAAUGUUUUUUUGUUUUUUUUCCUCUCAGACACUCAGGUACCUCUGAUGCUUGCAAAGUGGAAUUUUCUACAUUAUAAAUCUAUAUUUUAAGUGCACAUUUACAAAAUAUUACUGUAAUUGUUUUUAUAUAGAGAAAUAUAAAGCUUUCUUGACAAUGGUUGGUAGUGUGCCGCCGCAUAGUCUAUGAGAGGCCAGUGAAGUCUGGAACCUCAAGGAUCAGACCAGCUGUAGCAGGUACUCGUUGACCAUUGACUGAGAUGAGAACAAAGGGGAUACGUGUUGUUUUUUUGUUAUCAUGACAUAAUUAGGUGACUGUCCUUUUGAAAGUGCCCACUGGCAGACAUUGGCUGGAUCUCAAAUGGCGCACUUUUGUGCACUUCGGGCACUAUGUUUCAGUGCGUAACUAAUACGGCAUGCACACUGAAACAUGAACACUAAAGUGCACAAGUGCACCAUUUGAGAUUCAGCCAUUGUCUUUGUGUGGCUGGCUAAGAAGCUAGCCUUUUCUAUUGGUUUCUGGCAUACUACAUACGUACUUACCUUGGGCUGUUCCACAGACAUCUGACCUUUCACCUGGAAUGGUUGCGUGUGCGGUUGUGCUCCACUGACACCCUUACAUGCCAAAAGAAGACACUCAGAGUGUGAACAACGCAUUACUGUCAUUCAGGUUACUCCCUGUCAGCCUCCUGCCAUGAUAUUAAGGUCUUUUGUUGGUUAUGUUAUGUGUUCAUUUAUUUGUGAGUUAACUUGUAAAUGUCAUACUUUGAUAUGUGUUGGUACUCGUGUGCAAGUGUUGGCAUAGAGACCAGUUCACUGAAACCACAGUCUUGUGCAUCUGUCAAAUGAAGUGUUAGCCUAGAACACGCAAUGCCUGUUUGCCGCGCAAAUCAAUCUCUCUCUCUCUCUCUCUCUCUCUCUCUCUCUCUCUCUCUCUCUCUCUCUCUCUGGAAUGUUGCUGUGCCUGUUGUGCUGGUCGCUUUCGGCACCAUAUUACCGUUUCCAACCUCGGCUCCCAAUGCUCAACAUGUGCACAGUUUUGACUUAUUGAUUUAACAGACUUGUGAACGCACUUGAGAAGUGUGGAUGCCUUUAAAACUGAAAUGCUGUUGCAUAUACGGCGUUUGAUGUCAAAAGAUCGAGCAACAUACAUAAACCACAGUGCCAACUGCAUAAAAGCAAGUAGGGCCUAGUUCUUCAUAGUACAAUACAUAUAUUAUGUAAAAUAUAUACACAUAGUACAAUGGAUUAUACACACAGAGAGAAGGUCUUUUAUGGCUUCUGUGGCUUUUAUCAGUUCUAGCCAUGGGAGUCACUGAGCUCAGAUACAUGUACAGAGUAUUCCGGUUUCAAACGGAUUAUUGUCAGUGCUCGCUUUAAUACAACUUCCGGAAUAUUCUUUUUGCACGUGUGGAACCGUAAUAUUGGACAUAUUCAGAAUUUCUAAAGAGUUUCCAUGACUUGAACGCAAACCAUAGCCUGUACUGCCACCAUUCCAUUUGAAAUCUGCAUAUUCCUGGCGUCGUGUAACUGCUCAUUGAGGAUGGCUCGAACGUGUUUACAGCAUGUCAAGGAGUACUGGGCCUCUUAUGUCCAACAGCAUACUGAUGAACUGGCAGCUGAACAGAGCCUCAUGAUUUAGUGUGUAUGUACAGUGAUGACAGCUUUAUUUUGGAUUGUCUUGGGUUUCUGUCUGUGGACUUUGUUUGGACAAAAAUGUUAUUUUUUAUUUUUUUAUGUGAUGUGUUUUGGCCAGUUAUCCAUUCCUAUUGUAGCCGUGUUGAACAAACCUCCAGAGUUCUUGCCACUUUGAAUUAUGCUAGAAUGUGUGUUAUCCGCUCAGAAGCGGACCCCUACACACACACUACUAUACAUACAUACACACACACACACACACUUUCAUAAUAGUGGGCAUGGCAUGUCUCCCACAGAUUCAAAUGACUGUUGAAAGUGAAUUUCUUCUUUAAUGUCAUGUGCAAGGGUCAUAUUUUGUUAUCACAAAACUGUCAUACCCAAAGAUUUAUAGAAGAUAUUACGUUAUUGUUUUGUUGUUUUGUUGUUAAUGUUUUUUUAUUAUUGUUCUGACCCACCACCAUGGCUUAGGCUAUUUACUUAUUUGCUUUCUCAAGAAAGUAAAAUGAGUAAAAACUAAUUAACCCUGUUACUUCAGAGUCUCUGUUGCAAUUCAAAAGGCUCAGAUUUCUGUCAUUAGCUCCGUUUACUGAUGUGAUUGUGUGUCGUAUUGACGGUGUGUGUGUAUGGUUAUGGUUCAUGAAUUCAUCGACGGCAUAUUUGCAUCUGCUUUAUGCAUCAAGUAUGUGUUGUCAAAUAAACGAUACAUGUGGGGUUUGA